CAGAGUUCGUUUUCGACUGUUGUUGGCGGCGGUUGUGUCGCGUGUCUCUCUGCCGAGAGAUUUGUGUGUGUGUCUCGCGCGCGUUUUACGCCCUGCGCCUCGCCCCCCAUUUCCAAUUGGAGAAACCUCCGAAUGUGAAUUUUGUAUAAUGUUUUUGUAAUAACAUGGAUAUCUCAUGUUGAGAUUUUCAGCCAGGCGAAUGAAAAUGCAAGCGGUAUCCCGAAAAUCGGUGUUAACGUGUGUGCGAAUGCAACAAUAAACGAAAGCAGCAAAAGAGAUAAAAGUGAAAAUAAAUAAAUAGUAGAGAAGGCGUGCUAAAGCACGAGAGCAAAAGGAGAUUGCCAAGCAGACGUAUAGACGUAGUGCAACGAACCCUUUUACGCGGACCAAGGAUUCACCACUUACCACUAACCAGUGAACAAAUACCACCCCCCACCUCUAUUGCUCCUGGGUGUGUUUCUGUGUGUCCCGUUGACUCAUCGUUCCCAGGAAGCUGAACAACGGUAUAGCGGUCUACCACACAGAAGCUCAGAAAAAAGAGCAGCAGGAAUAUCGAUUUUACUUGCCUUUACUUAUACACCACCCACCACCCCCACCAUCCAUUGAACUGCACUUGGGUGAAGGAGAAAAACAGCAGAAGCCAUUAAAGGAGACGUGUCAAUUAAAGAAAAACAGAAGAGAAGGAGGAUAACGGAUAGCUUAUACCUCAUUGGAAAUCUCAGCAACAUUUCGCAAGGAACAAAAGCCAAUCUCAAAUGAAUUUCACAAGUCGCGCCAACUGCAAAUGCCCGCAUAGCCAAAAGCACCAGCAGAAGCCCGCUCUGAUCAAGAGUCACACCUGCGCCUAUCAGUUGCAGGACCUGACAGGAUAUAACCGCGCCCUAAUGCCUCCGCUCGACAACACGGACUUCAGCAGUGCCUUUCGGCAGGGGAACAACAACACCACCAGCCAAUCCUGCGCCUAUCACCAGCAGCAGGAUCCGAAGGAUUCGAAGAGGCAGUACCACCAUCACACUUGUCCAAGGCAAAGGAAAAAGUCCUCGACGCCGAACCCUCCAGCUUAUAUGUGCCAGCAGCACCAGGAACCCCAGCAGCAGCGAAGAUCCCGCUCUGCAUCGGCGAAACCUCGAAGGAAUAGCUCCUAUCACUCCUACGAUGAUCUGGAUGUCUCGUCAGCGGUUCUCAAUGCGGAACGCAAGGUGGUGGCCAGCUUGAAGUACCUUUGUGCCUGCACGGGAGCCACCUUGAGGAAUCUCUCCAAGAAAACCAAAGACCUGCACGCCAAAAACUAUACCUACACGAAGCCCACGUGGCGCCUUUGGGGCGAAGAGCACGAGAAGAAUGCAAUUUUCACCGUUUACCUGAAGAAAGUGCGAUACCACCGACCAACGCCCACGGCGAGCAAUGACUCAGAUGAUGAGAUUUCCCAUCUGGAGUGGGAGACAGUGAGAGUUCGCUUUGUGAAGGCGGCUACCUUGGCCCGAUUGGUGGAGGCUCUGGCCACCGACGAUGGGGAGCUGGAGUCCACCUUCAUUAACGUGUUCCUGUCCACGUAUCGCACCUUCUCCACACCCAAACAAGUGCUCAGUUUGCUGACGCAGCGCUACGAUGCGCUGCACGACAAGCAUCUGGAGGAGUUGGAGCAGGCGCAGCAGAAUGGCCAGGACAUGGAUCCCGCCUACGAUCCCCAUGCCUCCAUCCACGAGCAGCACAAGAAAACUCUAGUCUCGGCGCUGCACGUCUGGCUGGAUGGAUUCCCGGAGGAUUGGCAAGAAGAUAACCUGCAGCAGAUUCUAGCCUUUGCCACCAAGCGACUGAAACGAUCCGAUCUGCACAUCAAGGUGUUGAAUCGUCUGGAGCGACUCAUCCGACAGUCGGUCUAUGGAAAUGGCGGUGGAAAUGGUGGCUCAGAGAGCAAUGGUCUCUCGUGGCUUUCAGCAGCUGGUUCGCAACAGAUGCAGCAGUUCAUGAUUCCCACGCACUAUGGCUCUUCGUACGACCUCACGGAUCAGUUCAAUGGCCUGUAUCUCUCGCCAAUGGGCCAUGGACCCAUCUAUCGUGGACCAACUCACUUCCUGCAAGCCUUCCGAUUUCCACACGUGCCUGUCCGUCAUUUUGCCGAGCAGCUGACCCGCAUGGACACGGAGUUGUUUAAGCGAUUGAUUCCCCAUCAGUGCCUUGGACACACGUGGGCACGAAGGGAUAGCGGAGGAUCGGAGACUGUGGUGGCCACCAUCAACCAAUUCAAUGCGGUGCUCUUUCGAGUGGUGUCCAGUAUCCUGAUCGAUAGGCUGAAACCGCAGGAGCGCGCUCUGAACAUUUCACGUUGGAUUGACAUUGCCCAAGAGCUGCGCAUGCUCAAAAACUUUAGUUCACUCAAGGCCAUUAUUUCGGCCCUGAAUUCCAAUUCCAUAUACCGCCUCUCCAAAAUCUGGGAAGUGCUGCCUAAAGAAAGGAUGGAAGUCUUCACGGAGCUGGCGAGGAUUUGCUCGGAGGACAAUAAUGCUUCCACUCUUCGCGAAGUACUGAAACGUGAGGGAACGGCCAAGAAUCCAGAUCCUAGCAGCGAUCAAAGCGAUCGGCAUCUGCAGAAGCUCAUCUUAAAUCUAGGCACUCAGACAUCCCACGGAACGAUACCCUAUCUGGGUACCUUCCUCACCGAUCUUACCAUGAUCCACACGGCCAACCCUGAUUACCUCACCGAAAAUAAGCUUAUUAACUUCGACAAGAAGCGCAAGGAAUUCGAGGUUUUGGCGCAAAUCAAAUUGCUUCAGGGAGCGGCAAAUACGUAUAAUCUCCAAGCGGAUGCCCUCUUUGAUCACUGGUUCAACUCGAUGCCCGUUUUUGAUGAGAGGGAGGCAUUCGAGCUGAGUUGCCGACUGGAACCUCCGCCGCCGGCUCCCCGGAAAUCGGUGGUCAGCACCAACACCUCGCUAACGAAUACGACCGCCUCGUCGACGGCUUCCAUAAUGGGCCAUCGGAAGACUGACUCCAUACACUCCAAUUCGAGCAGUGGGGCGGGAUCGCAGUUCUAUUGUGAACUGAACAGUAGCACCAGCUCAAGGCACAACUCCCUGGAUCGGGAUGCCCACCAUCAGCACGCCUCUUUGAUGUCCGCCUCGAGUAGUGUAUCCAAUCUGUCCUUGGACUCCAGUAAUUCUGGUGGGCGGCAAUCCGGCAAGCUGACGCAUUCCCAGUCCAUGGGAAAUGGUCUUAAAUCUCAUGGUAAUGGCACUUCAAAUGGUGGAUCUCCGCACAUAAAUGCUCAGCUGGUGCAACCAACAAGUGGAACUCCCCAAUCGGCUCCCGAUUUCUAUAUCAUCCGCGUGACUUAUGAAACGGACAACAUAGAACUCGAUGGCAUUGUACUUUACAAGAGCAUUAUGCUCGGAAAUAAUGAGCGAACGCCGCAGGUGAUCCGAAAUGCUAUGCUAAAGUUGGGACUGGAAGAUGAUCCGGAUAGGUUUACCCUGGCGCAGGUUUUACCCGACAAAGAACUGGUAAUGCCGAAGAAUGCGAAUGUCUACUAUGCGGUCAAUACGAACUACAACCUCAACUUUAUCCUGAGACCGAGGAAGGAAGAGGGCGUGGCUGGCAGCUAGUCCACAGCCGUGCCCCUGUCCCAAUUGUGGUGUCUGGGAUACGAGGGCGAGGAGUAAAAGUGAAGAAGGAUUACUUUUUUGGGGGGAAUUGUACAUAGCUAGAGCUUGACUCGCCCAUGACAAAACUGGAUAAACCAAUUUCUAUUUAGGUUCGUAGUACGUUUAAGUUAUUUAUUGAAAAGUGAAAGAAUCAUAGAAGCAAUGAUUUCGAUUAGUUCGAUUACCGAUUAUUUCGAUGAAUAUCUUUAGAUUCAAACCUGUCAAUUAGCACUUAGCAAAACUUUUGUAAUCUCUGAUUUUUCCCAAGCCUAGAGCUCGUUGUAUAAGUCCAUUGAAAAUCCAACCCAAAACAUAUAUAUUAUAUAGAGACUCUACUGGAAUAUUUGCUGAUAUUUACAUAAACACAACCAUAUAUAUUUACGUAUAUAUUUAUAUAUACAACAAUUGAUAUUCUACGUGUGGUACAAUAAUUUGGGAUCUUGAAACAGAUAUUACUUUGGUUUAAGGAUCCUCGUUGUCUUUACUUUCAACUGAGGACUUUCGAACACAAAACAACUAAGCAUAUUUGUAUAGAUGUUUUUACCCACUGUACGUGUAUUAUAAAUACAAAAUUAAAAAUAAGUACUAUUUGUAACUGUUUCCAAAUGGAGUGCACAACAACAAAUAAUGUUUAUCAAUAACUUUAGCGUGUAAAGAAAUUGUAUUUCAGAUUUUGUAAGUUAUCUACAUUGAAAAUUAAUAAGAGAAUGAAACAAUUAUACACUAAGGAACCACUUCGAUUUAUACAUAUUAAAUAUGAUAGUUAUAUAAAUGCAAAGAGAAGUAAACAAUAGAAGAAAAACAGAGUAAUAAUGUACAUAUAUAAAUGAAAAGCGAUAAUUUGUGUUCUUCUGCAAAAUAAAUUGUACCAAAAGAAAGCAUAA